GCAUAAGCACGAAUCCACAGUUCCUUGUCCGUUCUCCUUAACCCCUUAAGUACGGGGUGUAAGGGGACAUUCCUCCACACAUAGAGCAAGUGGCCCGCAUGACUGCACAGCCUUUGUGUGGUAGUGGGACUGCACAAAAGCAGCAGCUGUGGAACUACCCACUAGCCGUGUGCCACGGCAUACCACAGCUGGCAACUGCAUUCCAAUGAGGAUUAGCGGCCGCGGGCAUGACCGCUUCACGUGCGCAUGGGGAGAAGGAACAUAUCAUGGCGGAAUCUUCUGCAAAAUACUCGAAAACUCUGGACAUUUUACCGGCUCGCGAAGCGGAUGGGUGCGGCAUUUGUUGCUGGGAGCCGCCUUUCCUAAAGCGCUUGGCCCGGCCCUGGGUGUUUCUGGUGGCAAUGUGUGUCCACACAGCCAUCGAUGGCAUCAACAUUGGUAUGCAUACGGGCACCAUCACCACCGUGGAAGCUCACUUCCAGCUCACGCUGAGCGAGCUGGGAAGCAUGACUACCGUCUAUUGCGUCGGGGGAAUCCUCGGUAUCCUCCUGGCCUUCUGCGUCGGCACGGUGGUCCCAGGCUGCAAGCCUUGCCUGCUUGGUGUCUCUGGGAUAUCACUUGGCCUUGGUGGGUUGAUGUAUGCCCUGCCGGCCUUUCUUCAUGAUCUUUACCUUCCCCCAAGUGUUGUGCUGGCAACUGGCGACAACUCCACGCAGGGCUUCGCCGGCGAGACUUCUGCCUGUUACGACUCGGACAUCACCGAGGAAUGUUCAUCUGUGAGUGACGAUGUUGCCGUCGAUUCUGCCUCCAUGUCGCUAUUCUACCUGGGGAUGUUUUUGCAAGGCGUUGGUAUGAUAUCCUAUCCGAUCGGUAUGGCAUACGUAGCUGAUUUUUCAUCGCCUGGAACCACUGCGGUUUACAUGGGCAUCAUCAAUGCGGUCCUGGGCAUUGGACCAGUUGUCGGGGUCAUGCUGGCCGCAGCCUUCAUCGGUAUCUGGGUGGACUUCUACCGGCUGGUUGGAGCUGAGACCGACCUGUCCCUGGGCCCGGGAGACCCGGACUGGAUCGGAGCGUGGUGGCUGGGCUUCAUCGUCCUUGCUGUUCUCUUUUGCCUCUCGGCCGCUCUCUUCCCGCUUUUCCCGCGCCGGAUGCCGUCAUCAGCACAUCGCCAGCCUGAUGACGAGCACGAGACAACGGAGAAGUUCACAAGUAACGAGACACACGAGGCUGAGAACGACAACGAAGGGAACCAUCAGUUUUUGGACAUCAAAGAGUUCAUGUGGACUGUCUGGAGGACUUUGAAGAACCCGACAUGUUCCCUGACGUGUCUGUCCCAGAGUACCUUCUAUUUCAUCAUGUACGGCUACGGGAUAUUCGUCCCCAAGUAUCUGGAGGUACAGUUUGGGUACGACAGACAGACUGCUGAUCUCUUGACAGGUGUGCUGCUCGCCCCUGCCUACGCCGUUGGGGAACUGUUGGCGGGUUUCUUGGUGAAGAAACUGGAGCUAACACUGCACGGUACCGUCCGCCUGACCUGCGUCGUGCUGACGGCGUGUGUAGUCGGCAUGGCUCUGCUCAUGGUUAUAGGCUGCGCCAACGACAACGUAGUUGGUGUGUUCUCCACCUACGAUGGCGUGAGCAGCUCGGCUUCUGUUGAUUUGGAAGCACCUUGCAACCACAACUGCUCGUGCUCCAUGGCCCUGUACGCACCCGUGUGCUCCAAUGCAGGUCUGACGUAUUUCUCACCGUGCCACGCCGGAUGUAACGUCAUCGGUGCCCAAGGCAACUACUCCGACUGCGCAUGCCCGAUGAUGCUCGGCGAUGGAAGUUUGUACUCCACCGCUCGUUCUGCCUCCGUCGUAGACGGCGCUUGCGGGACACAGUGUACAUCUGCCGUGCCGUUUCUCCUCGUUCUGACUGGCGUCUUUGUCUUGGCGACUUUCGGAGAUCUCCUCCGUCUUACAAUAAUCGUGAGGUCAGUGACGUCAGAGAGCAGACUUGUGGCGUUAUCUGUGGCCUAUUUGACGCAAGUUAUUGGGGUUGUCGCCUCAGGCCAGGUAUUCGGAAUGGUUAUCGACGGGGCGUGCGUAGUGUGGCAGGAAUCGUGCGCGGGCCAACAAGGGGCGUGCCUGCUGUACGACAACCGCCCCUACCGGCUGGCCUACAACGGCCUGGCGUUGGCCGUGGGCAUCUUCAGCGCCGCCGUCAUGUUUCUGGUGCUCCUGUGGCCGACAGGUCGAGAUCACCGAUCGACGGUACGCCGUGGCGGGCCGGCCAUGACAUCCGUAACAGCUUCAGUGUAGACGUGUCUUUUGUUUUAUUUAAUUAAUGAAACAACCAACAUCCAAGGUGGUUAUAAUUAUUAUCAUAAGUUACGUCCUUAUUUUUUAUCUGAAGUUUUGCUUUGGUAGGGUGGCAACAUUAGACACAGAUGCUGGCCUUAUAGACACUAUUCUUGUAAAGGAAAAAUAUAAAAAAGAGAAGUACCAAUUUUAAAGACGAUUAAGAAGAUGUAAAGAAGUAAAAGUAAACAGAUUUAAAAGAGAACAUAACGUGUGAAAUAAAAACAUAACACAUAACAAAGUAAAUCAAUGGAACAAUUAACGACUACACGCGGGAUAAAGGAACGACAAUAAAAGUAUAAUGCACCCAAGACACUUAUUAAGAAUAAAACUGUAUGCAAUUUAAACGUGUUGAGCAAAGAUUAGUUAAAAACAAGUUAUCGAAAGAAUAUGGAAUUCAGAGGCAAUAUGAGUUAAAAACAAAGUUAGUUGGAGAAUAUAAAAAAAACACAUUGUUCAGAGAAAAUAAAAGACCAUUAUUAUUUGCACUCUUCACUUUUAUUUAUAGGAAGUUUUUUUUCUCGUAUUUCUUGCACUGGUAUAUAGCUGCACGGUUGCAGGUUCGACUUUUUGGUGUCUUUCUAUAAUAGGGAAAUACACCAAAAAGUUUGGCGAAAGAAUAAUUGAUUGAAAAAAAGGGAGAGUCGUUAUUCUUCAAAUACCAAGCAAAGAAAAGCCAUAAAAUUAUUCAAAGAAGCAAGAGAAGUGGUCGUAGUAAUUAACCACACAGUGGCCAAAAAAAGGAAUUAUAGUAGAAUACGUUCAUUCAGUACAAACAAAUACUGAAUUUUCUGUAAAUUCUUCUAAAUGAUUUCGUUGUCUACGUGAUUUGUUGAGUGACUAAUUAAAUAUAGAACUGUCCUUAA